AUUUAUUUAAAAUAUAUGUUUAAUUUAAAGGUUAAUGGAAAAUCUGUUGAAAGUAUCCAAUCAAUCAGGGAUGUACAAGAUUUAAUUGACGUUAGUGGUUCUAUGUUAAUACUUCAGGUUUCAAAAUGUGCUCCUUGUGCCAGUUUUCCUUCUAAUACAUCUAAUUCACUUCCUAAUGGACAUGCUGUAAAUCAGGUAGAAAAGAAGAAAUCACCAACAGAAAUCACUGAUGAUAUCCCAUCUAAACCUUGUAUUGUUGAUAUGGAAGAGAAAGUUAUGACAUCUAGUAGUGUCCAGACAGAUGAUAUUGUAGAACAUUCGGUGAAUAAACACAAUAAAAUAUUAUCUUCUUUACAGAGAAGUCGAAAAGAAACAAAUGAUUGGACAGAUUGUCAGUCGCCUCAACCGACUUUAUUAGAUAAAGCAUAUUAUAAACUAUUUGGAGAAAGAAGACAUGGCAAAGACAAAAAAUCUUGCUCAUCUCACUCACCUUCGUCUUUGUUAGGAAAUGAUGAUCCUAUAGCAGAAUUAGAUUCUGUACUAGAUUAUUAUAGUAAAGUGUCUUCAUCUAAAUCAUUUAAAACUGGCUCUAGAAAAGAACAGGAUAAAAAUGGUGGUACUUGGCCAAAAUACAAACAUCGCGGGCCUCAUUUACAUUAUGCAGAAGCAGGAACACUACAGUCUUAUCGAAGAAGAGAGAGAAAAUCUUUAAGUACUUUUGCUCAACAGUUUAAUGUACGUGAUUGUAAAACUGUGGAUGAAGACUUGUCCGAAUCAAAAGUUGCCCAUGUAAUGGAUCAUCGUAAUGAAAAGGAAAGAAAAUGCCCAAUUAACAUGUCAGAUAGAGAUCAUUUAUUAUAUUUAGACUGUCAACGUAGUUCUCAGUCUUCAGAUUGUUCUACUUUAACUAGUAUUCCCGUUCUUUCUCCUUCUGUUAGCACAACAAGAAAUUCCAGUUCUGGAUCUUAUACUUCACCUGAUAUUGAUACACCUAUUAAAUCUAAUUGUCAAAAUCAGAAUUCUGAUCAAUUGGAAUAUGUAACUCCUUUAUCUUAUACGGGAAAUACAACAACAAAUUCUUAUGUAGAUUAUUCUGUAGUUUCAGCACAUAGAGAUAAAGAUGUUAUAGAGUAUUAUAAAAAUAAGGGUAAUAAACAAAGGCCACGUUCGGCACAUUACGUCCUAUCUGAUAAUGAAUGUUUAAAUUCAUCUGAUUCUUCUCAAUACAAAACAGGAAUAUCAGUUACAUCUUAUAAUCAUAAUAAUCACAUUAAUUUAUCAUCAUCCGAAAGGCCUCUUAGUACUCGCAAUUCAGGACACAUGUAUCCUACUUCUGCUCAAACUAGCUUAGUUGUGACAGGUAUGACAUCACAGAAUCUUUUUCACAAUAGCAUGCCAUUUUAUUCUUUAAACAGCAGUCAACAUGGAAUUCUUCAUCCUCAUCCUCAUCAUACGCAUGGAGGAAGUUCUGUUUGUUUUCCAACGGUGCCAUCAUCUAGGUAUUCUUCGCCACCAAAUUUUUCUGUUUAUACGUCCAGAAGUGGUGACUCGCUUCUUAGUAGUUCUGCUACUGAAUCCAUAUUAGGGUCUGAUCCACACUCUUAUCAUUCACCUAUUGACAGUGGAAGAUAUGCUAUAAAAGAUAGUGGAAGAUAUAGUUUUGCUUCGUCACCUUGCUCACAAUACAGUUAUUCUGGUGCAUCUCCAACACAAAGUAUUGAAUUAUCACAUUUUCAUGGAUUAUCUCAUUCUGGAAAACGUCUCGUUCCAAAUCAUUCACAUAUUAAUGCUAAUUAUCGAGAGGAACCUUAUUGUUCUUCGGGUUUUGACGGAAUCUCCACUUUUCCAAAAAGAAACCAGAGGAUUCGAAUACCUUCGAAUCCUAGCGUGACAUCCAAAUCUUCGGCGGGAAAAGUAUCCAGUAGUUCGAUUGAAAAAACAUCAUCUGUUUCGGAAAGGAGUAGUCCGAUGCCUUCGUUUACCAUAGAAUGGUUAAAUAGUGAUGGAACUCAAUGUGAUUUACCAGAUUACAAUAAUCAUAAUAGGAUACCUAAACCAGGAGAUUUAAGAAGAAUUGAAAUAGAUAAGUGUUCAGAACCUCUUGGAAUUCAAAUAAUUUGUGGAUUGGGCGGAAACAGCGUUUUUGUUUCAUCAGUUCACGACAAAAGUUUAGCGGCUCAAGCAGGUUUGCAAGUUGGCGAUCAAUUAUUAGAAGUAUGUGGUAUCAACAUGCGCAAUGCAAAUUAUUGUUUAGCAGCAAAUGUUCUUCGUCAAUGUGGAGAUACUGUAUCUAUACUUGUACAGUAUAACCCUGACAGUAAUAGUGGAUCUGGAAAAAGUGUAAUUUGGAAGACAUUAAGAUUAGCUUUAAAUCAAUUAGCUGUUUUAAACAUUAGUGGUUUUUAUUUUAUUAAGAAAUUAUUUGGUGAACUCGAUUUUGUAACAGGAAUAUGGAAGGAUGGAUUAAUAUCUUCAUUGCUACGAUCAUGCUUAGAUACAAAAGCUGAAGAAAAAUGGAUAAUUUUUGAUGCUCCUAUAGAUUCAUCAUGGAUUGAAUGUAUGAAUUCAGUAGUGGAUAAGAACAAAGUUCUGACAUUAAUUAAUGGUGAACAUAUUCCUUUGUCUCCACAGGUAUAUUUAUUGUUUGAAGUUGAUAAUUUGGAAUAUGCAAGUCCUUCAAUAGUUUCUCAAUGUGGUAUUGUUUAUACUGAAUAUGACUUUGGACGUAAUAAAAUAGAUAAUUUAAUUAGACAACUUGAGAGUUCAUAUCCUACUGAAAAUACAGUAUAUGAUUAUUAUGUUGAUACUCUUAACAUUGUAUGGAUAUCUUGGUCUGAAAAAUUACAACAAAACUGGAAAUAUGAUUCUAG